UCCCUAUCAAUUCCCCUUUCAUAUCAAUAAUACCUUCAAAUUUUGGUUGUAGACAAAAGUGUUACUCAAUUCUUUUCUUUGUGAAAACUAAUAUAUCUACAAGAGAAACAAACAAAGUAAAAUGAAAUCCCUUCCAACAUUAGUUUUCCAAGUAAAUCAUCCAACCAAACACUUCCCAAGUCAACUAACAACACACACACAACAUGACAAUGGUAAUAUGUUUUGUCAAAACAUUAGCUUUGAUCUUUCAAAUGAUGUUGAUCAUGAGAAAAUAGACACCAUGGAUGAAAACAAAGGCUUGUCUGAUUUCGAAUACAAGUGUCCACCGGGAGGACAAGACGCGGUCAUUUUCUACACCACGAGCCUUAGAGGGAUCAGGAAGACAUUCGAGGACUGCAGUAUGAUCCGGUUCUUAGUAGAAAGCUUUGGUAUUGUCUACUACGAGAGGGAUGUGUCCUUACACAUCGCGUAUAGAGAUGAACUAUGGCGGAUUCUUGGAGGAAUAAGAGUAGUCCCUCCAAGAUUGUUUGUUAAAGGAAGACACAUUGGUGGUGCUGAUGAAGUUGUUGGACUUCAUGAACAAGGGAUUUUAAAGAAACUGUUACAUGGGAUACCUUUGAUUUCUUCAAAGUUUCCAUGUAAAGUGUGUUGUGGGAUUAGAUUUGUCAUGUGUUUGAGUUGUCAUGGAUGUUGCAAGAUCACUGAUCAAGAUUCUAAUGGAUAUCGAAUUCGAUGUCCAAAAUGUAAUGAGAAUGGAUUGAUCAAGUGUCCUGUUUGUAACUAAUUCUUGUGCCAUGAUGCUCUUGUAAAUAUAGUGUCUCAUCCUUAUGUUAGCGUACGAUACACCCUUGUGGUGGGGCCCUUCCCCGGACACCGCGCAUAGCGGUAGCUUUAGUACACCAGGCUGCCCUUUUUAUCCUUAUGUUAGAGGACAUGUGAAAGGGCGUUGGAGCUUUGGUAAAGUUGUUUCUGUGUCACCUAUAGGUCAUGAGUGUGAGCCGUGGAGCCACUGGUGUUUGCUUGCGUAAAAGGUAAACUACCUACAAUAGUGGCGGAGCCAGGAUUUUCACUAAGGGGGUUCAUAAGUGAACAGACGAACUAACCGAAGGAGGUUCAACAUCUACUAUAUAUACAUAAAAAAUAAUUAUAACCAUGUAUAUAUUACAUAAUCUUCUGCCCGAAGGGUGUCCGGACGAAUCCCCUGGCCCAAGAGUAGCUCCGCCCCUGAACCUACAUUACACUCUCAGGAGUGUGACCCUUCUGCGAACUCUAAAUGAAUGUGAAAUGCUUCGUGCAUCGAAUCCAUUCAUCAUUGAUCAAGUGUCCUGUUUGUAGAUAAUAUUUGUGCCAUGUUCUUGUAAAUAUAGUAUCUCAUCUUUAUGUCGAGGACAUGUGAAAGGAAGCGUUGGAGCUUCGGUAAAGUUGUUUCUGUGUCACCUAUAGGUCAUGAGUGCGAGCCGUGGAGCUAUCAUCUUUAUGUUGAGGACAUGUGAAAGGAAGCCUUGGAGCUUCGGUAAAGUUGUUUCUGUGUCACCUAUAGGUCAUCAGUGCGAGCCGCGAAGCCACUGGUGUUUGCUUGCGUCAAGGUAAACUACCUACAUUACAUUCUCGGGACUGUGGCCCUUCUUCAAACUCUACAUGAAUGUGAAAUAUUUCGUGCACCGAAUCCAUUCAUCACUAAUCAAGUGUCCUGUUUGUAGCUAAAUUUGGUGGCAUUUUCUUGUAAAUAACUAAAUAUUGUAUUAUAUUUAUUUUAAUAAAGUUAUUCAUAGCGUCACCUAUAUUACACACUUCGAAGUUUGACCCUUCUUCAGACUCUAUAUGAACGUGAAAUGCUUUAUGCAUCGAGGUGUCAUUUAUAUUGGACUAUGUGUAACUAUUUUUAUAAUUGACUUAGAAUAAUUGUUAAUUAUUACUUCAAUUAUUUGAA